AAGCCUCAGCAAGGUUCGAUUGGAUCAGGCCAGCAGACCAAAGUCAAAAGCAUCAAAGGAUGGAUAGACCGAGACCAAGAUGAAUAUCGGGGAUCUGUUGAAGUCCGGUUUGUUGGCGCGGAAGAGAGAGGAGCGAUGGCGUGUCGCUGCUUCUGCCGCUUGAGCGUCUCCAGUAGAAGAUACCUGGCGGCCCAACACUUCACUGAAGUAGACGAACUCGAGACAAGAGUGAACAGACACGGUCGCGAUGAAUGUAGGGAAAGACAGGAAUUGAGAAAUGGACCAAAGGGACCUGCCUCGAUUGUAUUGGAUGCAAAACCAUGUAGGUUAAAAAGGAACACACAAAGCGCUCAACUAGGAUCACUGCCAUGGAGGAGAAAAGCAAAAGUCUCGACAAAAAAGCCUCACGUACUCCCUGUGCUAGUAGAGGAGAUAAGAGAAAGACAGCGAAAAUGAUGAGAGAAACCCGAGCUACAUCGCAGGCAGGAUAUGCAGAUGGAAAGGGAACAGAUUGAAGAAAUUGUUUCAAACAAUUCCU